AUGGCGGGGACCUCGUGGGGCCUCCGCCGCUCGUCGAGUGCGGCAGGGCGGUUGACGACGUCGCCACGAAGAUGCUACACGCCGGGAUCGGCGACGCCUGCAGAUGAGGCGGAGCAGGACAAGGCACUGCGCGAGGGCGUGCUGCGCGGAUUCGACCAGAUGCACUCCCUCGAGCGGAUGGAGGUGGAGGGCAAGGCCACCCUUCCCGACAGCCAAUCUGGCGUCUCCCUCAUCCUCCAGGGCAGCGGCAAAAUCUUGCAGGUGAAGGUGGACCAGGAGGUGGCAGACAACGUGGAGAAUGUCGAGAAGCUCUUUGUCGCUGCAUCACAGAACGCACGGCAGAAGAUCGCCGACCGCAUCAACAGUCUGCUGGCCGCCUCUCACCAGUAG